GCAGUCACACAUCAGAGAAGGAGAAUAAUAAAUAAACAAACAAAAAUCACACUUAAAAAAAUAAGAAAUGGCAAAAGCUAUCAUUCUCCUCUCCGCUCUUUGCGUCUUGGCUGUCGCCAAUUUCGCCGUCGCCGACUUCGAAAUCUUCGACGUCGAAGGCAAAGUCUUUUGUGAUACAUGCCGUCUCGGUUUCGUCACCUCUCUCAGCAAUACCCUUGAAGGUGCCACUGUGCGUUUAACAUGCAAGGACAUGGAAACACACAACGAGACGUUUACAACUGAAGGCAAAACGGAUUACAUUGGCAAAUACACAUUGACAGUUGAAGGUGACCAUGAAAAUGACAUUUGUGAGGUUACUUUGGUAAACAGUCCAAAAGAUGAUUGCAAGGAAAUUGUUCCAGAUAUGGUUAACAACAGAGUUAUUUGCAGUAAAAAUGUUGGGAUGCACAACGCUGUUCGUUUUGUUAACCCAUUAUUCUUCCAAAAGGACAAACCUAUCAAUGGUUGCAGAGAACUUGUUGAGGAGAUGGAGCUUGUUGAUCUCUUAAUUCUUGAAAAUGACAAAGAAAAGAAUUAAGAGAGAAUAUAUAUAUAGAGCUUUUGCAUCUUUCAUCAUUUAUUUAUUCGCGAUUUUUUUUAAGAAGAAGAAGAAUAAAUAUGUUAUAAUUUCUCCUCGAUGUGUAACUCAACAUGGAAAACUUUAAAAAAUUCCGUGAUUUUCGAAUGAGAAGAUCAUCAAUAAUAGCUUCUUAGAAA